GAUGAUUCGAAGGACUCCAGUAUAUUUAUUUCAUUCCGCAAGAUUUUUCAUAUCAUAUGCCAGUAUGGUUUUGUUCCAAUUAAACAUGCGCCCCCUUUCCUGCUUGGAUACUCCCUUUUAGACUUCAUUUGCUAUUUUUUAAACUAUUAACACUAUUAACAUGAGUGUUGCCAUACUUUAUCUAAUCUGUAGACAAAUUCAUUGUGAAGAAGUCUGUUUAUUAUUGCAUGUGUUGCUUGUUGAGAGCACGUAUUUUAGGACAUACGUCUUGUCACGAACAGAUCCAGAAACGCUCGUAAGUGGGUUGGGGACGACCAGACCGUUGUGUUAUCACCGAAUGCAUAAUCCGGAUUUUAACACCAGUUGUCUUUCUUCCGGAUGAGUACAGUAUCUUCCCAUCUUACGUAUGGUUUAUGAGGGUGUCGAAGGCAGAACAAACUAUUCUCAAGUCUAUGUUCUGUUAGUUAUCAUGCUUUUGUUCAGCCAAGAUGAAGUCUUUAACGACAAUAUCCAAAAAAUCGUAAGCCGAGUGUAUGAGGCUGUAUGAAACGAUAAAAUGAUAUAGGCCAUAUUUUGCUUGCUAUAGCUCUUAUACCAUCCUGUUUUCUAGACAAUGACGUACCAGCCUUGGUUUACUGAAAGGUUGCUAAAGUCUAUCUCGCUUGGUGGCCUAGCUGUUGCUAUCGUCAUUCGAACUAUCCAG